AUGGGGAACGAAGCGAGCCUGGAAGGAGGCGAAGGGCCGCCGUCUGGGCUGCCGGGGGGGCUGGCACCGGACGGGAAGGGCGGCUACGUGCGGGUCUCCGACGGGACUCCGGUCAACCUGGAUGAACUCAGCGAGGAGCAGAAGAGGCAGCUCGCCGCCGCGAUGUCAAGGGCGCAAGGCAGGCAGCCCGGAGGCGCAGCAGCUGCACGAAGACCAUCAGAAUCUGAUGCCCAGCGGAGUCCACAGCCGGUAGGGGCCUCCAGGGGCCCUUCAGGUCUCAGUAAGAGUCGCACUGUAGACGCCUUCAACCAGGGUCCAACCGGCAGGCCCACACCGGGCCGCAGCCCCUCCUCCCUUAGUCUCUUUGAAUCCAGAUUCCGGCAGGAGCCUAAAGACCAAGAGACCAAGUCCUCCGGCAUGUUUGGGUCCAGCUUCCUAAGCGGGGCCAACCCCCUAAGUGCUGUUUCCUCGAUGACCUCCUCAGUCUCCUCCUCCAUUACCUCAAUGGGAGACUCCGUCAACAUGCCCAAAUUUGGACUGUUUGGGGAUGAAGAGGAGGGAGGAGCACCUGCAGCCCCAGAGUCCAAGCAGGGAGGUCCAGGCAAGGGCCCUCAGCAAGGUCCAGGACCAAAGGGACCACAACAAGGACCACCUCAGAAACAGGGUCAGGGACCUCCUGGACAAGGGCCAAAGCCAGGACAAGGGCCUCCUGGGCAGGGACCCAGGCAAGGGCAGGGUCCUCCUGGCCAAGGGCCCCCAGGACAAGGACCCAAGCAAGGUCAGGGUCCUCCUGGCCAAGGGCCCCCAGGACAAGGACCCAAGCAAGGUCAGGGUCCUCCUGGGCAAGGGCCCCCAGGACAAGGACCCAAGCAAGGUCAGGGACCCCCAGGCCAAGGACCACCAGGUCAAGACAAACAGGGUGGACCUCCCCAGCAAAAAGGUGGACCCCCUCAACAAGGACCUGGACCUAAACAAGGGCCACCAGGGGCUCAACCUGGUGAGCCAGCUAAGAAUGGAGGGCCUCCUGGGCCUGGAAAGCCUGGAGGUGGUCUCUGUCCGCUGUGUAAGACCACGCAGCUGAACACUGGGUCCAAGGAUCCUCCAAAUUACAGUAACUGCACGGAGUGUAAGAACCAGGUCUGCAGCCUGUGCGGGUUCAGCCCCCCAGACUCAGCGGGUAAAGAGUGGCUGUGUCUGAACUGCCAGAUGCAGCGAGCGAUGGGAGGUAUGGAUCCCCCCGGCAUGACAAAACCCAAACAAGGCUCAGCCCCACCCUCCCCCCAGAGACAAGCACCCGGUAAGCCUGGCAAGCUCCUGAUAAAGCAGCAAAGUACCACCGACCAAGGGUUGACACCGCCAACAACACCGAGGCAGAAAUCUCCAGGUCCAUCUUCUCCUGUACCUUCUUCCCCAGGCUCCUCAAUGGGAGGAUCCCCAAAGAUCGACCCCAAGACCGGUCGCCCCAUCCAGCAGAAGUCCACUCCCCAGCAGUCUCCAGCUAAAGCAAAACAGGAAUCUAGUUUCUUUGGGGGGUUAGGGGGUAUCAGUCUGGGAGGUUUAACAGACGUAGCCAAACCUCCUGCAGCUGCAUCCCAAGCUGCCGGAGGGUUCUUUGGCGGAUUUGGCGGUUUGAUGGAAUCGUCAAAACCUCAAGCACCGGCAGCAUCAAAGCAGGAGGACUCAGUUGCUGGGAAGUUGUUUGGAGGUUUUGGAGGGUUAACAGAGUCCGCAAAACCUCCCGCUGCAGCUUCUCAAAUGUUCAGCUUCGGAUCAUCGCUCUUGAGUUCAGCCACUAAUAUUGUCACCGGCGAGGAUGACAAGGCAGCAGGGGCUCCUCCUGGGUCGCCCCCAGACUCCCCCGUUGACUCCGGACCAGGUUCCCCUCCGGAUUCGCCGUUCUCUCCUCCGGGGUCUCCUCCUGAUUCAGACUCUGCUCCUGACACCCCACCAGCCUGGUCCAAGAAACCUCCCAGAACUCUUUCUGUGGAGAAGAAAGACAAGGAACCAGCAUCCAAACCUUCACCUGCUCCUGCACCAGCCUCAACCACCAAGGAAAGCUGCCCUCUCUGUAAUGUGGAUCUGAACGUCGGUUCAGCAGACACACCCAACUUCAGCCUUUGCACCGAGUGCAAGAAGAAGGUCUGCAACCUGUGUGGAUUUAACCCAACUCCCCAUUUAGGAGAGAAAGAAUGGCUUUGCCUCCAUUGUCAGACCCAAAGAGCCAUGUCGGGUCAGCUAGGAGACGUGCCAUCUCAAGCCAUGGAAUCCCCGAAGAAGCAACCACCUGCUCCUGUUCCCUCCUCCACCCCUGCCCCUACUGCUGUAGAUAGCAAACCUGUAGUAGAAGCAGCAGACCCUACCCCACCUGCUCCUGAGACCAAGGUGAAAGUGGUGGAAACCUUGAAAGACACUGGAAAGAAAGUAAUUGCUGGCACGGAGGGCAGCCCCACCAGCCCAUCAGACCUAGCCAAGCUGGAAAGCAUGGUCCUUCCAAUCCUUGAGGCCCAAGCUAUCAUGAAACCAAAGGAUGAUGAGGAGAAACUAACAGACACUCUCAAGACCAGACGCAAAUUAGAGGUGCUUCCUCUCUCACCUGAUUCACCUAGCUCAGAGGAUGACAGAGAACUCUCGGUGACCAAAGCUACCCCGAAGAAAAAGCUCCUCGUGCCCAUGGAAGUCAGAGCAGAUUCACUCGAUGAAAGCAGUGAAAGCAUUGGAAAAGAGAGCCCUAUGUCAGGGGAUGAUGAGGACUUUAUCCGAAAACAAAUUAUGGAAAUGAGUGAGAAUGAGGAUGCUUCUCCGUCUGAUGAGGAAAAUCUAAUCCGGAGAAAGAUUAGAGAGGAUGAGAGGAAACAUAUGGAACAGAAGAAAUCAGAGGUUGUAGAAAGGAGCACAUCUGGAAAAGCCAGGCGACUUACCAAGAAGAGCACCAUAAGUCCAGAUGAUGAAGAAAAUAAGAUCCUUAGCAGCUCAUUGGAAAAACCUGAUGCCAACAAAGAGGAGGAACAAGAUACAAAAGUAGAAGAAGAAAGGAUUGGUACUGCAGUUCGCAAUUUCCAAACUAUGGAGCUGAAUACUGUCAGCAGCCCAAUUCGUAUACCUAAUAAUGAUGGAGACCCCGAAAUGGAAUGCCUUACAGACUCUCCAGAUGAUCGGUCAAAAGGUGAGGGGUCUUCCAGUCUGCAUGCAUCAAGCUUCACUCCUGGAACAUCCCCAACAUCCCUUUCAUCACUUGAUGAAGACAGUGACAGUAGUAGUCCAAGCCAUAACCGUUCUGGUGAGGGUAAACAACAUAGGAAAGCCAAACACAGACAGCCUGGUCAAAUGCUACCAACUAUUGAAGACUCUUCUGAGGAAGAUGAGUUACGGGAAGAAGAAGAGCUUCUAAGGGAGCAAGAAAAACAGAAGGGCUCUGGAAAAAAAUCAAAGAAAGACAAAGAUGAAAUUCGAGCCCAAAGAAGGCGAGAGCACUCAAGGACACCUCCAAGCAACUUGUCACCCAUUGAAGACGCUUCACCAACUGAGGAACUGAGGCAAGAAGCUGAAAUGGAGGAAAUCAGACGAUCAUCCUGCUCUGAUUUCUCUCCAAGUAUUGAAUCAGAUCCUGAAGGGUUUGAAAUCCAUGCUGCAAAGAUUGCGGCAGUUCAGAAAACUUAUCAACUGCCUACAUCAGUAUCUCUCUACUCUCCAACAGAUGAUCAAAACAUUGAUAAUCCACAGACAAAAACUCUUAAAUCUGCAGAUGAGGCUUAUGAGGAAAUAAUGCUCAGGGCUACUUCUCCAACAGUUGAAAAAGUAGAGCUUCAACCUGGAAAGGAGUCACUUUAUGGGGGCAUGCUCAUUGAAGACUAUGCCUAUACAUCUCUUAUUGACAAUUCAACAGCUGAUCUUGGGGAGCAAGAGAAAAUUGUCAUUCCUGCUGAACCCAAAAAGCUUAGAUCCCCAGAUGAAGUUUAUGAAGACAUGAUAAAGAAAAGAAAAGAAUUCAUGAAGCUUGAGCAGGAAUAUCAAGAUAUGCAGCCCAAAAACGAAAACACAAACCCUCAAAUAGUGUUGCAACCGUCUGAGAAAACCUUCUCAGAUAGCGGUACAGUAACACUGGGGAAAGAUGGGAAACCAUUGUUGGAUGCUGAAACCGCAUAUGAAGAGCUAAUGAAAAGGGUCCUGACUCCUGGAACAAGUCCAACUCAGCAAGGGCCAGAAGUGGAUUCAACUGUAUCUAGAAAGGCACUCCAACCCAUUCCGGACUUAAAGGUGACACAGUGCUCCUCAGGAGAGUUGUCUUCUGAUGAUGAGAGUAUUGUUAGAAAAGAGGAGAGAACUGAAUUAUCAGACAUCACGAUGGCUUCAGAAACUGAGCCGGUGACAGUAAUUUCUGAGUCUCCUCUGCCAAACACAUCAGAUCAACCACCUAAUACCAUAAUUGAAGCAUCCCAGGCUGAAAUUGUAGACUUAUCUGGUGAACUUCCAAGGACCAGAGCCCAUGUGAUUGCCAAUGUAUCACCCUUACCAACAGUUCCCCAGUACACACCCAGUAUUCCCAGUGUAGUGUCAACUGCGCCACCUGUGCCCCCCAAGCCAAGUGUCCUGCGUAGGGCUAAUUCUCAGGAAAAAUCUGAAGAACCCCCACUGCCUCCUCCAACCCCACCAAAGCCCACUGUUUUUCCAAGGAAACCCCCAGUCCCACUUCCACCACAGGCUUCAGCAACUUCAGUCCGGCCAGAGACAGUGACUAUGACUGCAGCCCAAGGACCAACAACAAGACAAGUAGUUUCACCAAUGUACAAACCUCACGUUCCCCCACCUGUUCCCCCAAAGCCUACUGUUCCUGCUGGAAUUGGGGACAGCCACAGACCAGGACAAGGUGUCAAACCACCAAUUGCUCCAAAGCCUGGCUCACAGCCUUCAUCGCCAGCCCAUGUCUCGCAUCCUACAAGGCCCACUGCACUUCCCACUGGCUCUUCCGACAUAGCCCUAAAUUUGAGCCCUUCUUCUGAGACCAAGCAGUUUCAACCCUCUCCAAAGUCUCCUUCUUCUCCAAGAUUUUCCAGAAAUCUUCGUGACACAUAUGUGGUCAUCACACUGCCAUCUCAGCCCAGCUCUCCAGUAGACACCAUCUCAACUCAAGCUCCUUCCAGCCCCGGACCAGCGUCUCCUGCACACCAUGCUCAGCCCCAAAGCUAUCACCAACAACAGCCUCAAACUCAAUCAUAUCCACAGCAGCAUCCACAGCCAACUCCUCCUCAAACAACCAGGGUGCCUCUGGCAUACACACGUGUCACAGAAUCCAUUGAAAGUCAAGAGAUUUGUGGUCCAGAAAAACACGUAUCCAGUUCUUGUCACAUAAUUGAAGCUAUAUCUGCCUCAGCACAGCCACCUGUGGUUAUGCCUAACCUUAUCUCUCAAGUGGUAACCACAGAAGUUCAAAGGACCACUGUCUCUGUUGUCCAUGAAAGGGCAACACCACCAGUACCAGCUCCAAGGGCAACUGGUGUCCCAAUCUCAAUGGAGAAACCUAAGCCCCAAUUGCCAGCACAGAUUGGGCAGACCGUCCAACCUUCUGAGGUGGUAGAUUUGAGGACUAUGAAGGCGGACCCUGAGUCAGAUAGGAAAGGUGUUGAUCUGUCUGCUGGCGCAGACUCAAGACGUCAGUCCUUGGCUGCUGAUGUCAGUCGUCAGAACAGUGCAGUGCAGUCAUCUGUGGUCAACCUCAGUACAGAAUCAUCCACUGUCUCUAUAGUGACUGAUAGCAUUACAAUUGUGACCUGUUCCGCCACAAUUCAGCAAUGUGACAAUGUAGACGCCUCUCAAAUAUCUUCAGUGCCCCUGCAGCUGACAAAAAACAAAGCUUUUGAGCCUGUUUCUCAAAUUAUCUAUCGGCCAAUUGAUUUUCAGUCCUUAUCUCAUACUGGUACAGAGAUCCCUAUUAACCUCUCAGUUGGAUCAGGUGGAGGGACUUUCCAGGUCACACCUGUGACUAUUGCACCCACCUCCAUUUCAAGUUGUGUUGCCAAUGGAUUAAAUACAGGUACAGCUACAGUGGCAGGAGCUGUUGACCUUAGCACAACAAAACCAUUCAACACUGUUGUAUCAGUGGAUGCUGCUUCUUCAGAAGUGGCCACAGCAGUUAUCACAGAUUAUGAUGGCAAACCAGUGGAUCUAACUGCAGGAAAGAGAACUGUAUGCUGUGAUGUUGUGUACAAGCUGCCAUUUGCAGGAAGCUGCACUACUCAACAACCAACCACACCCCUGCCGGAAGAUCGUUUUGGAUAUCGCGAUGAUCAUUAUCAGUAUGAUCGAUCACCAUAUGGCAUGAGGGGUUUUAGUGGAAUUAAACCAUCAAUGUCAGACACUAACCUAGCAGAAGCUGGCCUGUUCUUUUACAAGAGCAAGAACAGCUACAAUUUCAGUGGCACCACAGAAGGUGCAGUAGAUCUUACCUCUGCAAAGAUUUCUGAUGCAGGUGAAGCUGUUGACUACUCCAAGAAAGGGAAUUACGCUGGAAUGACAAUCCCACCCUAUUCCCAAGCCAGAGUCACAAGUACUGUGGGUACACUCUUUGGUACGAGCAGUGUAUUGAGAUCAUCAAAUGGGGUAGUCUAUUCCUCUGUAGCAGCACCAAUACCUUCUACGUAUGCCAUUACCACCCAACCUGGAUCCAUCUUUAGUACAUCAUACAACACACUGUCAGGAAUGCAUACCAGCGACACCAUGCCAUCUUUGUCAAAUAUCCAGAACUUGCCACUUACACGGUCCCACAGUUUCUUGUCCACUAUCUCUACUACUGAAACUGAGGAGUUUAGAGAUGUCCCACUCAAUCUGGAGAUAUCUAGAGGGGGUACUACUCCUGCUCAUCUUAUCAACACAGCAGGAACAUCUUUAUCCCUUGACACUUACACUGAUGCAUCCCUAGAGGCUAUAGCUGCUUCACUGGAGGCUCUGUCCUCUCCCAUGGUUCCAGGGGAUGGCCAGUAUAUGGUAGAGCGUGAGAGGCUAGAGAUGGAGAAACUCAAACAACAGCGGCUUGCUGAGGAAUUGGAAUGGGAGCGUCAGGAAAUUCAACGUUUCCGUGAGCAAGAACAGCUCUUAGUACAGAAGGAACUCGAGGAACUGCAGGUCAUGAAGCAGCAGAUUCUGACCCAACAAGAAGAGGAAAGACAGGCUCACCUUAUGAUGCAGAAAGAAACCUAUGCUCAGCAACAGCAGCAGCUAGAGCAGAUUCAGAGACUCCAAGAGCAACUUCGCCUGCAACUAGAAGAGCAAAAGCUUCGUCAGAUGUUCCCAGGUGGUGACGCUAUAGGGCAUGGUGUGCAGGAGGCUAUUGUAUUAGGACCUGAUGGCACAGUGUUAUCCAGAAAGAUCACAGAUAGUGGAUGCCAGACAGAUGAAGAGGAUGAAGCAGUCAGCAAAGCUUACACAGCUGGUAGAAAAAAGCGUAGUGCCAAAAAGAGUGUUGACAGUUGUGUGCAGACGGAUGAUGAGGAUCAAGAUGAAUGGGAGGCUCAGACCAGGAGCCGGCAAAACCGGCCACGCACUGCAAGGGGUGAUAGGGGAGGGCAGUCAGAUAUGUCACUUCAAGCCCGCACUGAAAUUUCUAUACAAACAGAUUCAGAGGGGAACAUUAUAAUGGACUCCAGGAUGGAGCUAUCUGACUCUGAAAGAACUUCACCAAAGAAACGACCUAACCCUCUAGAAAUAGGCCAGUCUCCUAACCUUAAAGUUGAUUCCUCCACACUACAAGCCCCUCCUAAGUCUCCCAAAGUGCUUUAUUCCCCCAUAUCCCCCUGUAUAUCCCCUAGCAAAUCCAUGGAGUUUGUUUCAUAUGAUAAAUCCCUGGGAGAUACAAGUCCACAAAAGCUAAGAGGAAGUAUGGAUCAAUCUCAUGCCUCUCCAUCAAGCCCCAGAGGACCAAAAGCAAUGCAAAGAUCCAUGUCGGAUCCAAAGCCCAUGAGUCCAACAGGGGAAGAAAGGGCAACAUCUGGCACCCAAUAUGGUGAUGCAUACUAUGGCAAAGGCUCAGGUAGCACUCCAACAGGAACUCAAAAGAAGGUAAAGAGGACUUUACCCAAUCCACCAUCAGAGGAUGAGUCAACAACCAGUGGCCAAACGGCAUACACCACUGGCUCCGCCCGCCGAAGAAUGUGCCGUAAUUCUAACAUGGCCCGUGCCAAGAUCCUACAGGACAUUGACCGCGAGCUAAAUCUGGUGGAGCGUGAGUCUUCUAAGCUCCGUAAAAGACAAGCAGAGCUAGAUGAGGAGGAGAAAGAGAUUGAUGCCAAACUUAGGUACUUGGAGAUGGGUAUAAAUCGUAGAAAAGAUGCACUACUGAUAGAGCGAGAGAAGAGGGAAAGGGCCUACUUACAGAGUGUUGCUGAGGACAGAGACUACAUGUCAGACAGUGAGGUUAGCAACAUUCGAGAGACUAGAGGUGGGCUUGGAGAUGGUGAAGAUGAGGACAUUGAAGGUCAUGGUCUUGAACGUCCCAGGACAGCUCCUCAGUCAGAAUUGGAUGACUUUGUUCCACCUCAAACCAAGCAUGAGUAUGGAAAAUACUCCCAAUACCAAUACCCUCAAAGCCAAUACCAGCAGUCUCUCUACCAGACUCCCCAAUCCUACCAAUCUCAUUCUCUCUACUCAUCUGUCCCCUCGCUCACUACCUCCCAGCAACAGAGUUACCACCAGAUGCUCCUGUUGCAGCAGAAGGCUGCCAGGCAGGCAGCCCUCCUCUCAGAACUUGAUGCAACCAAAUAUGAAGUCAUUAGCCGCCAGCCUGACCCCACAUCAUCAGCUUUUCUGGGAGUUAAGUAUGACAAAUAUGGUAACCACCUUGAUCUCAGAGCCUUGGACGUUGGAAGUAUGGCACGUAGCCCUAUGUCAGCUGUUUCUGAUUCCUAUUACCCAGAUGUAGAUCAUCAUACACCUCGGAGCUACAUGUUACUGGAAGAUGCUGCAGAGCUGGCUAAGGGCUCUACAGGUAUGUCAUCAUCUUAUAGUCUGGCUGAGAGGGAGCUGGCAAAGGCAGAGAAGCUGCUGCGCCGGAGUGCAGCAGAUUUAGGGUCUACUGACUAUCUGGGAUCAACCUCAAGACUCCAUCCUUAUGGAAAGACCCCUGAUGAAGAGGAUCCAAUGGAAGAGCCCUAUGAAUUGAAACUACUGAAGCAGCAGCUAAAGCAAGAGUUUAGGAGAAGUACAGGUGGGACGGAAAACUUAGAACAACUGGCAGGUCUCUCCCAGCAUUAUUAUACCCCUAGCUCUGGCAUUUCUAGUUACUCCCAAAGACAAUAUCCAAAGACAGACAAGUACAGCAUCAGUCGACUUACUUUAGAGAAGCAGGCAGCUAAAAACCUCCCAGCCUCAAUGUUGUACCAAAAACACAAGGCUCCAUUAGUUGAUCCUAAGAUCUCCUCAAAGUAUUCUACUACAGACAACAGAGGUCUGGAGACAGACUAUACAAGCUACAUUGGUUCCACAAGUGCAUCCCCACGAUCCAGUCGGCUCAUGCAGGAUGAAAUUACCUUUGGCCUCCGUAAGAAUAUUGCAGAGCAGCAAAAAUAUCUGGGGUCCACCUUGGGUGCCAAUUUAGCUGGGUCACUAAAUAUUGGCCAGAGUUUAGGUUUAGACUCUGCUUAUCCUAGUGGUAGUCGCUCAAGACCCUCAUCCAGGCCCACAUCUUGCUACGGCCUGGACUUGUCUAUCAAGAGAGACCCUUCCAGCUCUUCGCUUAGGCUUAAAGGGGAUGGUGAAGCAUCUGGAGACGGUCCAAGCUAUCAAACCCCCUCUGGUCGAACCAAACCCACCAGCCUUCCCAUUGUUCAAAGUGGUCGUGGCAGAAUACCAAUAGUGGCCCAGAACUCAGAAGAAGAGAGUCCAUUGAGCCCUGUUGGGCAACCUAUGGGCAUGGCCCGUGCAUCAGCUGGUCCUCUGCCGCCAAUCUCGGCUGAUUCAAGGGACCAGUUUGGUUCUUGCUUGUCCUUGCAGGACUCCCAGCAACAGCAACAUAUCAGGGAAGAACCAACCAGGGGUAGGGGUUAUGUGCUGAUGGAUGACCUUCAAGGCACCAUGUCAGACAGUGAAGCCCUAAGUGAUUCCAUGAUGGCUUUGAACAGAGACGAUGCAACCAAUGCUUACCACCUACGACGAGAGGAAACAGAUUGGUUUGACAAACCCAGAGAUGGACGGUCAGAGAACGGACACGAGAAGAGACAGGGAAAAGGCCCAUAUUACCCCUUCCCUCACCUCAGGGUCAAACUGCAGAGGGACCUCAAAGACCGCAGUGUCUCAGGAAAUGGUCUGGGUAUCCGUGUAGUUGGAGGGAAAGAAGUCCCUGGUAGCAAUGGAGACAUCGGAGCAUAUGUUGCCAAAGUCCUGCCGGGUGGAGCUGCAGAACAAACUGGAAAGAUUCUUGAAGGAAUGCAAGUCCUGGAGUGGAAUGGUAUUCUUCUGACGGGUAAAACUUACGAAGAAGUACAAGGACUCGUGGGACAGCUAUGUAAUGAGGCAGAAGUGUGUGUCCGACUUGAUCUCAACAUGCUUUCUGAGUCUGGGGGCACAGAGCAUCUGGAUUUCCAGGAUCACGGCAAAAGUGACAGACCUCCCAGGUCUCCAGGUGUCGACCCCAAGCAGCUGGCGGCUGAGCUGCAGAAAGUGUCCCAGCAGCAGGCUCCCUCGUCCACCUCCUCCUCUGGCCUGCCCACCACCACCUCAGCCACCUCCAGCCCUGGUCAGCCGGGAUCGCCCUCCGUCAGCAAAAAACGACACAGCAGUAAGACUGCAGAGGGAACCAAGACCCCGUCCCACCCCAUCUCUGGAGAGAUACAGCUUCAAAUCCACUACGACAAGCAGCUUGGCAACUUGAUAGUUCACGUCCUGCAGGCCAGAAACCUUGCCCCGCGGGACAACAACGGCUACUCUGACCCGUUUGUUAAGGUGUAUCUCCUACCUGGGAGAGGUCAGGUCAUGGUUGUCCAGAACGCCAGUGCCGAAAACAAGAGGAGGUCCAAACACGCGGGCAAGAGUCUAAACCCGGAGUGGAACCAGACUGUCAUCUAUAAAAACAUCCUCCUGGAGCAGCUGAGGAAGAAGACCCUGGAGGUAAGCGUGUGGGACUACGACAAGUGCUCCUCCAAUGACUUCUUAGGAGAGGUCCUUAUAGACCUGUCCAACACAGCCCAGCUGGACAAUAUCCCACGGUGGCUCCCGCUGAAGGAGCAGAGCGAGGGCGACCACCACCGACGCUCGCAUUCAGGCCAGAGCAGACACAGCACCUCUAAACCCUCCUUGCAGCAUUCCUCCCCUAAAACCACCGGCUCCUCCUCAAACGACAAUCAGGACUCCCCCAAAUCAUCUGUCAUCAAGAGCCGGAGCCACGGGAUCUUUCCUGAUCCAGCCAAGGACACGCAGGUCCCCUCUAUCGAGAAAUCUCACAGUAGUCCCGGCACAUCGAAGCCUUCCCCGUCCGAGGGCCAGAGCCAAAGCCACGGACACAGCCAACACUCUCGCGCUUCACGCUCCAGCAAAAGCGCAGCACGGCAACAUCACCAUCAGGACGGCAGCCCGGGAAGCGGCCGAGGCACUGCAUUAGCGGCAGGCGAUGCCCCGCAGCAGGCGCAGCAGCCGCAGCCGCCGCAGCCACAGCCGCCGCAACGCCUCCAGCCAACACGGUCCAGCUACAGAUCCAGCGAUGCCCCGGUCACUGCGGCCUCGUUGGACAGCGGCUUGAGCGGCAGUGCUUACAGCCUAUUGGACGAGGAAGGAGAGACAAACGAGGUGGACAGUGCCAUCUUCCAGGUGCCCCGAUUCGGAAAGAUUCCAAACGGUACAGAUGCGAUGAAAACAUCGAUGGGACACGGUGAAAUGGAAGGUAAGUCCCAGGUAAUGGGGGAGAUAAAGAUCGCUCUGAAGAAGGAGAUGAAGACAGAGGGUGAGCACCUGGUCCUUGAGAUUCUUCAAUGUCGCAACAUCACCUACAAAUUCAAGACUCCAGACCACCUGCCAGAUCUCUAUGUGAAGCUGUAUGUAGUGAACAUCGCCACCCAGAAAAGGAUCAUCAAAAAGAAGACCAGAGUUUGUCGUCAUGACCGGGAGCCAUCUUUUAACGAAACGUUUCGCUUCUGUAUGAACCCCGCCGGACACGCUCUACAGCUCUUCCUGGUGUCUAAUGGUGGCAAAUUUAUGAAGAAGACGCUGAUCGGGGAGGCCUACGUGUGGCUGGACAAAGUCGACUUACGCAAGCGGGUGGUGAGUUGGCACAAGCUGCUCGCCAGCACCGCCCAGAUCCACUCGUAGAAGGAGAGACUCGAUGUUAAAGGCAAGAAGAGUUCUGUGACACCUGGGACACUUUGGUUCAACAUGUGUAACUUAGAUCCACUCGUACUGAGUUGGGGAAAGGAGAAGUUUGACAAAAAAUAUCUCAUUCUUCAGUCUUUAUUUCAGGGCUUGGAUAGAUUGAGUGUUCGGCGGAUGCUUUUAUUUUGUAGGGGCAUUUCUGAUGCUAAUUUCUGUCAUGCAGGAGUUAUGGCGGAAGUAGUUCUGUGUUUACAGAGCCAAAAAAAAACAACACAAGUUUACUGGAAGUACAGUGUACAAUAGUGUGGCCAAGGCUGGGGGGGAACACAGGUGCUGAGUUAGGAGGUGGCGCACGGAAACAACCAGGUAUUACACACUUUAUUCACACGCAAACACACAGACACACACACAUGUAUCCACACAGAGCAGACAUUUAGACUCUACAGGGAAUGGACACACUUGGAAGAUUCUUAUUUAUUUUAUUUAGAUGUUUUAUCCAUGAACACGUUUGACUCAUUGCUUUAUUACGACCGCAGAGUUUUUAUUCAUUUACAAAGCAUUUUGGGAAAGAAAUAAUGAAGACUCCGGUACGGAGACCUCGUAUUUAUUUUUGUAUUAAGAAAAAACAUAGAAGUCUAUCAUUUGUCCUUUCCUUAAUUAUUGCAGUACUUAAAAAAAACUCAAUCCUAAGCGAGCAUAGUAUAUUUUAUAACACGCUACUUAGCAUUCCAGAAGGAAAAAAUCAACGUCAGCAUGCAUGACUUCAUUCACUUUAGACUCCUUGUUUUUCUCCCUAAGUGUAAACUGAUGAUGAAGAUCUAUAUUGAUAUAUAUAUUAAAUUGGACACUAUAUAUUGUGCGCAUGAGUCUACCUAUUUGGAAUGCGAUGCCACAUGAUCUGUACAAUGAUUAAUCACCUCUAAGGUUCACUUUGUAUAUAGUGAAGUGUGAUAGCUGGAUAUUAAAUAUAAUAUAUAGAUAAAUACAUAGAUAUCUUUAUCACUGACAAUCCAGUCUCCAUGAUUGUGACAUAGAGGUUUUAUUUUACCCACAAAGCCCUUUUGGAAUGUUUCCCCAUAUGAGAUUGAAGUAUUCCUAUGAUUUAUUGUUGUUGUUUGUCAUGAGAAGCAUCAUCCUGUACGUCCGUGCUAUUUUGUCCCGACAACCCUUUUGUGUUAUUUUGCACUUUUUCUGCUAAGAAUGUAAAACUGGCCUCAACAUCUGUCUGAGAAAAUAAUCA